GACGUCAUGAACAAUCGACGGCAGGGUUGUUUUUGAACGGGAUGUUUCUAAUUUUAUAAAUAGUAUUUUUCAACAAUGAAUUGGGAGGUAAGUGAGUUUUCAUGAAUAAUAUUAGACUAUAUAUAGGGUGCACAAACAUAGGAUAUGUCUAAACAUGCAUUUCUAUGUACAUUUUUCCAAGUGGAGAAAGUCAAGACACUGGUGAUGCGCUAGCUAGUGCCAUGCACAUGCCGUUUUAUUUUUUUGGUUAACAACAUAACUUUAUGAUCGUAUUUUAUGUUCUUUAUCUCAUGUAUGUGCUUUUAGUGGGUUUGUUUACAUUCUUGAAUACGAUGGCCAAUCAAAGAGCGCUCCCUCAAAGCAAGGAGAGCCUUCUUCAGAACUACAACAAAAGACUGAAGGAUGAUAUCAGGUCCAUUCUAGACAACCUCACAGAAAUCAUCAAAACUGCAAAGGUAGCUGUAACAUUACGAUAUUUGUGUGUGUGUGUGUGUGUGUGUGCCACGUGCACAGGAUACAACCAGUGUAAAAAAAAAAGUACAGUGAAAUUCCUACCUUGAGAGCUCUUUCCCAACAAUGCAGUGAUAAUAAUAAUAAUAUAGAAAAUAGAAUAACAAAUACAAGUAAGAAUAAAAGCCACAUAAGAACUAUGAUGAGAAUUAAAGAACAUGAGAAUGCAACUAUGUACUGGUCAGUGCCAGUACCUUAUUCAAUGUGCAUUGGUACUGGAGUUGUUGAGGUGGGUUUAUACAUAAAAAGUGACUGGUAGUAGGAUAUACAUGUGAACAGGGCAGAAAAGUUACUGGUAGCAGGAAUGUAUAAAUACUUAUGGUAAUAUACUAAUGGUAAUAUAUACAUGUAAACAGGAGUAAUAGUGACCAGUAGCAGGAUAAAUAUAUAUAGUAAAUACUAUUGGUAAUGGCAAUUGAUAAUCAAUGGACAGCUGCGGAAUGGAGUAAUACAUCUAAUCAAUAAUCAUUUUAGCAGCAGCGUAGGUUGUGUCUGAGUGUGUAGAGACCUGUGGAUUGGCAUAGAGUCAGUGUGGAUAGUCUGUGGGAGAGAGAGAGAGCAGUAGUUGUUAGCAAUUUUACAGUCUUAUGGCCAGGGGAUAAAAGUUGUUUAGGAGUCUGUUUGUCUGAGCCUUGAUGCACUGGUACUGCCUGCCAGACGGGAGCGUGGAGAACAUGUCUCGGGUGGCUGGAGUCUUUGGCAAUUUUUCGGGCCUUUCUCAGACACCACCUGGCAUGUACGUCCUGGAUAGCUGGGAGCUCGGUGAUGCGCUGGGUGGUGAGACAUAGUGUGUGUGUGUUUGUCUGUGUGAGCGAGAGAGAGAAACAGAAAACCUUUUUUUUUCUAGUGUGUUUUUUUUUAAACUGAAAGAAUGAUGGUUCAACCCAAAGAGUCAUCACUAUGGUCCAACCAAAAUGUGUUGGGUUGUUUUGCUUCAGGUAGAGGAUGAGACACAGGUCUCUCGGGCUACACAGGCUGAGCAGGACCACUAUGAGAUGCAUGUCAGAGCAGCCAACAUCGUAAGUACAUUAUACUAUACAUACAUACCACCCAGACUCCCCUUGAAACUAAACGAGCUUGCCUUUAAACCCCAGAGUGUACAUUCAUGACACUAGUAAAGUAAAUGAUAAACAUGGAAUUUAAUCCUGGCUCAUGUUCAUUGGGGCAUGAAACAGAAAACAUUUUAAAAUCUUUUGCAACUAAAAACGUUGGUAGUCCCUCCCUGUUUCAGUCAGUGCUUUCCCCAUUUGGUGCAUAAUGAACAUGUAUUGAGUGCAUGUUACAAGGCAAAAGUACCAGUAUUAAAAAUGUAUGCACUCACUAACUGUAAGUCGCUCUGGAUAAGAGCGUCUGCUAAAUGACUAAAAUGUAAAUGUAAAAAUAAUCCCAGUGCUUUGUUGUUGUGUCUAAAGGUGCGUGCGGGCGAGUCCCUGAUGAAGCUGGUGUCGGACCUGAAGCAGUUCUUGAUCCUCAACGACUUCCCGUCGGUCAAUGAGGCCAUAAGUCUGCAGAACCAGCAGCUGCGCUCGCUGCAGGAGGAGUGCGACAAGAAGCUCACCUCGCUCCGCGACGAGAUCGCCAUCGACCUGUACGAGCUAGAGGAAGAAUAUUACUCCUCCAGGUACAAGUAGGCUCAUACUGUACAGUUGUUGUUCAGUUGGCCCACUCCAUCAUGCCCUAUAGCCCAAACCUAGCCCCUACAUUAUAGCACUUAUUCCCCCUCACCGCCGUGCCUUAUGAAGGGUUGAUCUUACCCCACCACCUCAGUCAUAUCCAUUAGUUCGUUAGUGUCUCUGUAUGUCGAGUCAACUUCAUUAGAAUAUCCAAAUGCCGGGUUCAACAGCAAAAUAGAUAGUUGAUCUAUCUAUGGUCAAAAAUCAAUUGCAGUACAUUUAUCGUGAGAAUCUCAUUUCAUUUGGUUGAAAAUUAAAUGAAGUGCCUUGUUUGUCAUGCCUCUGGAGGUUUUUAUCCUUAUGUAUGAUAGAUUCUAGGUCUCUACAUGGUAAAUGUUACAAUCAAUCAUACGUGUGGAGUAUUUAGUGUAUCUGUUUGCUAUAUUCUUCCUCAGUUCUUUGUAAUAGGCUCAAAUGGAAGUGAUGAAUAAGAUAACAUACCUGGAGAGGAAGGAAAGGGAAAUGUCUGACAAAUACAUGUUAAAUGCUUUUGAGCAUAAUUCUUGGACCCUUAUGAAGAACAAAAACUUUGAUACUAUCACUGGAAGUUUAUUUCUAUUCAGUAUAUUCAAUUGUUAUAGUUUUUCCUCCUUUAACAUGUCUUUCUAACCCCAAAUAUAAAUUGUGGAUGUAUAGGUCAAUUAACCAUUGUAUAACCACACAAGGCAUUUUAAGCUUUCUAUGUUAUUUAUUUUCUAUAGAAUGGUUUUUGACUGGAAAGUGCUAGACAUCUCUCAAAUCCAAACUCUAUGAGGGUUCCAGAAACUUGUGUGAACAGAAUCCAGUGUUGUAUCUCUACCGAUUCCGUCCCUAGCUAGCCUACAAGUGACCAAGCCAGUAACCGUGCAAACUGUGUUCACAAAGCAUGCACUGUUACACAAAGAUCAACUAUGGCAAUAUGUAUUAAGUCUAUGUCAGUCACCUGCAUAGACCCACCCUUUUUAAACAUUGAAAAAUAAACUAGAGACAAAACAAUGUAGUUCAUUGUCUAAUUUGUUUAACUGUGAGAAAUCUGGCUGUCUCUCUGGAUGCUGCUUUUAGGCAUGCAAGGUGUUCGGGCCACUCUUUUUCUCUGCCUGUGCAUUUCCUGUUCUUUCCCCUGCAUCAGGACCUAAUACACUUCUGGGAUUAUGGGUACACAGUUACGUGAUAUGAACAAUUACUGUUUUUAGCACUCAGUUCAAGAUGACCCAAAGUUAGUCAUUCACCCUUUGCUCCAGGUCAUGUUCCAUUGAUUGUGUUGAAUUUGGAAAUGGGGGAAAAACAAGCUAUGAAUGUGUUCAGUUGACCGUCUUUGAGAUCACAUUGCAGCUGUUAAUAGCGAAGACGGACAGGAAUGAAAGACUACAGACACACUUACAGUGGGGGAAAAAAGUAUUUAGUCAGCCACCAAUUGUGCAAGUUCUCCCACUUAAAAAGAUGAGAGAGGCCUGUAAUUUUCAUCAUAGGUACACGUCAACUAUGACAGACAAAAUGAGGGAAGAAAAUCCAGAAAAUCACAUUGUAGGAUUUUUAAUGAAUUUAUUUUCAAAUUAUGGUGGAAAAUAAGUAUUUGGUCAAUAACAAAAGUUUCUCAAUACUUUGUUAUAUACCCUUUGUUGGCAAUGACACAGGUCAAACAUUUUCUGUAAGUCUUCACAAGGUUUUCACACACUGUUGCUGGUAUUUUGGCCCAUUCCUCCAUGCAGAUCUCCUCUAGAGCAGUGAUGUUUUGGGGCUGUUGCUGGGCAACACGGACUUUCAACUCCCUCCAAAGAUUUUCUAUGGGGUUGAGAUCUGGAGACUGGCUAGGCCACUCCAGGACCUUGAAAUACUUCUUACGAAGCCACUCCUUCGUUGCCCGGGCGGUGUGUUUGGGAUCAUUGUCAUGCUGAAAGACCCAGCCACGUUUCAUCUUCAAUGCCCUAGCUGAACGAAGGAGGUUUUCACUCAAAAUCUCACGAUACAUGGCCCCAUUCAUUCUUUCCUUUACACGGAUCAGUCGUCCUGGUCCCUUUGCAGAAAAACAGCCCCAAAGCAUGAUGUUUCCACCCCCAUGCUUCACAGUAGGUAUGGUGUUCUUUGGAUGCAACUCAGCAUUCUUUGUCCUCCAAACACGACAAGUUGAGUUUUUACCAAAAAGUUCUAUUUUGGUUUCAUCUGACCAUAUGACAUUCUCCCAAUCCUCUUCUGGAUCAUCCAAAUGCACUCUAGCAAACUUCAGACAGGCCUGGACAUGUACUGGCUUAAGCAGGGGGACACGUCUGGCACUGCAGGAUUUGAAUCCCUGGCGGCGUAGUGUGUUACUGAUGGUCGGCUUUGUUACUUUGGUCCCAGCUCUCUGCAGGUCAUUCACUAGGUCCCCCUGUGUGGUUCUGGGAUUUUUGCUCACCGUUCUUGUGAUCAUUUUGACCCCACGGGGUGAGAUCUUGCGUGGAGCCCCAGAUCGAGGGAGAUUAUCAGUGGUCUUGUAUGUCUUCCAUUUCCUAAUAAUUGCUCCCACAGUUGAUUUCUUCAGACCAAGCUGCUUACCUAUUGCAGAUUCAGUCUUCCCAGCCUGGUGCAGGUCUACAAUUUUGUUUCUGGUGUCCUUUGACAGCUCUUUGGUCUUGGCCAUAGUGGAGUUUGGAGUGUGACUGUUUGAGGUUGUGGACAGGUGUCUUUUAUACUGAUAACAAGUUCAAACAGGUGCCAUUAAUACAGGUAACGAGUGGAGGACAGAGGACCCUCUUAAAGAAGAAGUUACAGGUCUGUGAGAGCCAGAAAUCUUGCUUGUUUGUAGGUGACCAAAUACUUAUUUUCCACCAUAAUUUGCAAAUAAAUUCAUAAAAAAUCCUACAAUGUGAUUUUCUGGAAAAUAAAUUCUCAAUUUGUCUGUCAUAGUUGACGUGUACCUAUGAUGAAAAUUACAGGCCUCUCUUAUCUUUUUAAGUGGGAGAACUUGCACAAUUGGUGGCUGACUAAAUACUUUUUUCCCCCACUGUAUAUAGGGACAUCAUCACAGCACCAGAUACUAAACCUACUAGCUAACAUUUCUCUGUGAUCCUUCUAGAGCUUAAGCUUGUCCUUCAUACUACUGUUUCCUGACUUUUUGUGUGUAUCAUACCUGUCUGUCUCUUUUGUGCAUGUGUGUGUCUGUACCAGAUGUGAGUCGGACACUCACCUGCCCCUUCCUCUCUGUGCUUUGCUGAUUCUAUGCCCCCCUAUGGUUUUUGUUCUGGUAAAGCUACAGUCAGUUGGACAGUACGGACCUGCCCCUGUGCGAGGCCUACCGGCGCUGGGACAGUUGGGCGUCCCCGGACGGGGGCGACAUAUCCGGGUCAGCCCAUGGGGGCGUGGAGGACACAGACGGACCCACCUCACAGGAAACUUCCCCCAAACACGACUUAAAC